UCAAUUUUGGGUUUUCACGGGAACGCGGCGUUCACACUUCAUAGGAGUGCAAAGUUUAUGAGAGGUAGCGCGUAAAAUUCAUUCAGUCAUUUCGUCGAACAGUUUCGUGAUAAAAUAUAGCUCGCUUCUUGUGGAUGGAAGUAGCUGAAUUGGAUUUAUGUCUCGAAAAAGACUUGCAUUCUCCUUCUUCCUUCGUGGGAAUCACGGUCACCACUAUCCCAAUUUGCCAAAAAGUAAUCUAAUUGGUCUUUCUCGAUCCACCAGUAGUGUCCUCGUUCCCCAGCGGAGUUUCCCACAUGGUUUUGCUCUCUCAAGGUCUAAUAGGGUUAAUUUCUUCAAUUCGGGAAUCAGGUUCUCUACUUUUUCUUCCUCAAGCAAUUCAUGCAGUGAUUCUGAACAGGAAGAUAGUAGUGAACAUUCAGUACUAGAUCAUAAAAAACCAUAUUCUGAUUUAGAUCUCGAAACUAUUGAAGCUAUUUUUAGAGAACCCGGAAGCAAUGCUGCUCAAGUGCAUAACAAGCUUGAGCAAUGUGGUGUAAGGCCCACACAAGAACUAGUAGCUGAGGUGCUUUCCCGUGUACGGAAUAACUGGGAAGUUGCAUUCACUUUCUUCAUUUGGGCCAGUAAACAAACAGGUUAUGUGCACUCUGUGCGUCAGUACCAUUCUAUGAUAUCUAUACUUGGCAAAAUGAGGAAGUUUGACACUGCGUGGUCAUUGAUUGAUGAAAUGAGAGGUGGGAAAGAUAGACCAUCUCUUGUGAAUCCUCAGACACUCUUGAUUAUGAUAAGGAAAUACUGUGCUAUUCAUGAUGUGGGGAAAGCUAUCAGUACUUUUUAUGCGUUUAAACGGUUUAAAUUCGAUAUGGGAAUGGAAGAAUUUCAAGAUCUUUUAUCCGCGCUUUGUCGCUACAAAAAUGUAAAAGACGCGGAGCACUUGCUUUUUUGCAAUAAGAAUGUUUUCCCGUUGAAUACCAAGAGUUUGAAUAUCAUUCUCAAUGGAUGGUGUCUUGCCCUUGAUGAUUUAAAUGAGGGAAAGAGAAUUUGGAGGUUCAUGAAGGAGAAAGGGAUUCCCCGUGAUGUUUUUUCGUAUUGUAGUAUCAUGUCUUGCUAUUCGAGAGCCGGUAGACUCAAUGUAGUGCUUAAGCUUUUCAAUGAGAUGAAAUUGAAUGGGGUUGCAGCGGAUGUUAAAGUACACAAUGCUGUGAUUCAUGCUCUUGCGAAAGGCAGGCUGGUUAAACAAGCUAGGAGUGUGAUGAAGAUGAUGGAAGAGAAUGAUCUCACUCCAAACACUGUUACUUAUAACUCAUUAAUCAUGCCUCUCUGCAAAGCUCGAUUGCUAGAUGAAGCUCAGGAGGUCUUCAAUGAGAUGAUUCAACGAGGCAUACAUCCUACUGUUCGAACUUACCAUGCAUUGCUUCGUUGCCUUAGGACGGGAGAAGAAGUGUUCGAGCACUUGCAGAAGAUGAAUAUGAUGGGCUGUAUUCCAACUCAUGACACUUAUAUAAUGUUAAUUCGGAAGUUCUGCCGAUGGUGCCAGCUUGAUAAUGUCUUCAAGCUGUGGGGCGAGAUGAGCAAGAAUGGCUUGGACCAUGAUCGGAGCUCAUACAUAGUGCUGAUACAUGGACUCUUUCUGAAUGGAAAAAUCGAGGAGUCAUACAAAUACUAUCAAGAAAUGAAGCAAAAAGGUUUAUUGUCGGAGCCCAAGAUAGAUGAGAUGCUUCAGGCUUGGGUAGCUGGCAGGAGCGAUUUUCAAGAGAAUAAAGUAAAAUGCAGUCAGGAGAACAAAGAGAGGGUCAAAUUUGAAAAAGCCGAUAAAGAAAGGGAUUACCUUAAAAUACCUGAAACACGAAGAGUUAUGAGAGAACGCGGCUUCUCCUUUUGGGAUUAGUAGAUUAGGUGUUGAUUGCUAAAUUAGCGUAGGGAUUCUGGCUCGGGUUCCUGACCAACAGGUGCACGAGGUUUCUUCCAUUUAGAUUGUUUUGCAGAAUGUUCUUGGUUUGCUACUGGUCCAUGUACUGGAAAUGUACGAUUAUGGAUAAAGCAAGUUGCUUCUCACAUAUACUUGGCAAUUCUUGUGAUCUGAGAUACUUGAUAUAAUUCAGUUACCUAUCCGUAGUUGUUUGUCUUAAGAAAUUCUCUUCACAUUUCCUAAGAUAACUCUGAUCCAUCGGAUUAUAUGCCAAAAACUUGAUUUGCCAUGUUAAUGCCGCAACGUACGUUUGUGUUUCCAUUCCAGAAGAAAAGGUUUUUGACUUUCCAUUGGUACAGGGGAGGAUUUUGGGACUUGAACAGGGAGUGAUCAGAGAAGAAACAAAACUUUGUAGAUGGUAUUUUCAAUUCAAUACUAGUGUUCCCUCUUCCCUUCAGUAUCGCUAGUUUGAAUGGUCAUGCCAUUUCCUUUUUUAAAACUUCGGAUAGAAUGUGGUUUUUGGUUAAUUAAUAAGCAUAUCGUCUGCUUCUGA